AUUCAGAUGAUGUUGUAAUUAUUGGAUUCUGGGAUUCUGAAAGCCAAAAUGAACACGAUAUUUUUAAUGAAGCUGCUGAGCGUUUACGUAACGAUUAUGUAUUUGGUCAAACUGGACAAAAAGAUGCAGCAACCAAGGCUGAAGUCACAGCACCAGUUGUUGUCCUUUAUAAGAAAUUCGAUGAAGGAAAGAAUAUAUUGAAAAGUCCAUUCACCAAAGAGCAAUUGGAAACCUUUAUAAAGGUUAAUUCUGUUCCAUUAUUAGCAGAAAUUGGACCUGACAACUAUGGUUCAUACGUUGAUUCUGGAUUACCAAUCGCAUUCUUAUUUUAUGAGAAUGACGAGCAACGUGCCUCUCUUGGCAAAGCCAUAGAGCCAGUUGCUAAGAAUUUCAAAGGCCAAGUAAACUUUGUAUACAUCCAUGCCGGCAAAUUCGGGCAACAUGCUGAAAACAUUAACUUGAAACAAAAAUGGCCGGCUUUUGGAAUUCAAAAUCCGGUUGAAGAAUCCAAAUAUCCAUUCAACCAAAGUGAAGAAAUUACAACAGAAAAUAUCCAAACCUUCGUUUCAAAGUUUGUUAAAGGAGAAAUUCCUCCAAGUGUCAAGUCUGAACCUAUUCCAGAAACAAAUGACGGGCCAGUAACUAUUUUAGUAGCUGAUACAUUUGAUGAAAUUGUAUACGACAAGACUAAAGACGUUUUGGUCGAAUUUUAUGCUCCAUGGUGUGGACACUGCAAGAAACUCUCACCUAUCUGGGACAAAUUAGGCAAAGCUUAUUCGAACUCUAAAAAUAAGAUAAUAAUCGCAAAAAUUGAUGCCACUGCAAAUGAUAUCCCUUCAAAAUCAUCAUUUAAAGUUGCUGGUUUUCCAACAAUCAAACUCUUCAAAGCUGGUGACAAAGAAGAAAAAGAAAUUGUAGAUUAUCAAGGUGAUCGAACAUUAGAAAAUUUCAUCGAGUUCAUAACUAAGAACGCCGCCAAUAAGGUCGAAGUUAAUAAAACUACUCCCGAAGAAGAUAAAGAACCAGUCGCAUCGGCACCAUCUCCUUCUUCUAGUGAAGAUAAU